AUGAAAUAUCCUAAACUAUUUAUUCAUUAUUUAUACAUACUGAUAAUUUUUGAAUCUAUUUUAUUCAAAAUAGAAUCAUUGAACUUCAAUGUACCAAAUUAUAAAAUAAUUUAUAUUGAUGAUUUCAUUUCUCAUCCUAAAUGGAUGUCAACACAUAAGAGUUUUACUUUCCCAAAGAAGAGUCAUAUAGUUCAAAUAUCUGUUCAUUCAUCAUCAAACAGCUUGUUUAUUGCAGUAAAUAAUUCAAUUAUAAGAAUUUCUGCAGAAACCUUCUUAAGAAAAGAUGAAGCUAGUUGGUCAUUGUCUAGUCAAGAUAUAUCAACCUGUUCUGAACAAGAUUCUAAUAGAAAAAUUCCAUGUAAUCAAUAUGCUGUGACCUUGCUAAAAGUUGUAGAUAAAAUAUUUCCUGGACUGAAUGAUUCACCUUUGCACCGAACUGGAGUUUAUGUAUGUUUAUCCAAUGGAUUAAUAGCUGAAUGUUCACUUCGUCAGGCUAACAAUUUACGUGCUCCAUCGAAAAUACACUGGAAAAGUGUAGAUCACUGUCCAAUAGAUCCUGAUCGACCAGCAGUUGGUUUUGUUGCAAGUACACAAAAUUUGUACAUAGGUACCAAAACAGGAUCAUUAAAAAAUACUGAAAUGCGUAUUAUGAAAGUAAAUUCUGUAGAAAAUUUGAAUUCAAUCCAACCAUUCAAAUAUCCUAUUCGUACAUCCCCGGACGACAGAAUGAUAAAACAAAAUAAUAAUACAAUAUUUGUACAUAGUUUCGAGUUUCACAAUGCUGUAUACUUUUUGUUUCGAGAAUUGGCUGAUGAGACGGUUGAAAGUUGUGAUAAAUCUAUUGUUGUGUCACGAAUUGGCCGAUUGUGUAGUUCAGAUGAUGGAAAUACGUUCGGUGUUUUCAAUAAUUUUCUCAAAGCAACAAUUACUUGUCCGUCAACACCUGAAGAUGGUUCUAACAGUCUGGUAUUCACUGAAAUCCAGGCUGUGUAUGUGGAUCAAUCAACUAAAACUUUAUUUGGAACGUUCCAAACUUCAUCAUCAAUGCCAACUGCAUCAGCUAUCUGUGCAUACAGUUUGGUAGAGAUUGAGUCAGUAUUUAAUGGAGAAUUUUAUAAAAAUGAUGGAGUUGCCACAGCAACUAGAAAUGAUUAUAAUUGUGAUAAAGUUACAUCAAAUCCAUAUUCGAAAAAUGACUAUCAUCUUAUGUUUAAAACUGUCAGACCACGAUACGACAGACCAAUUCUAGUACAGCAAGGCGAAAUAUAUACACAAAUUGUGGUCAGUAAAAUCCCAGGAACAUUAAGAAGUGAUAUGAAUAUGGUUAUUUUUGUGACCAACUCUGAAGGGAUAUUAUAUAAAUGGCAUAUAAAAGAAUUCCAAUUAUGUCUUAUAGAACUAAUUUAUUUAGUGCCGAGAUUUUCAAAAAGUCUAUCAACCAGGAAUGUUCAAAUGCGAAUUAUUUAUAAUAAUCAAAAUAAAAAAAUAUCCAAAAACUCAUACAUUUUAAUAGCAAUAGAAAAUCGUCUGCUACGUUUACCUAUUGCAAGAUGCAAACGAUUUGGUGAUGAAAGAAUGGGAUGUAAACUCCUACGAGAUCCUUAUUGUGGAUGGAAUGAAGCAAAACAAAAAUGUGUUGACUUAAGUACUGAAGAAGGAAUACUUAAUAAUAUUGUAACAUAUCAUUCAGAUACCUGUGUUCAAAGUGAAUUAAUCCCAAAUAUGAAGAUUAAGAGUGAAUGGGGUAGCUGGAGUGAAUGGAACAGUUGUGAACAGUCAUCAGGGACGCAUAAAAAUAACAUGCUACUGACACAAUAUUCAAGUGAACAAUUUAAAUUGACUGGAUGUAAUUGUCGCUUUCGAUCUUGUUACUCACCAAUUUCAUCUGAACUCAAUGAAAAUGAAUGUUCAAAUGGAUCAUCAGUUGAGAUCAGCAGUUGUUCUUAUAGUGGUGGUUGGACUGGGUGGUCUGCAUGGUCCGGAUGUGAACCUGCUUGUUACUCUGUGCAUCAUAAAUUCAACGUAACACCAAUACGUACAAGAUACCGUUGGUGUUCUAAUCCUAGUCCAGUUGGAAGUACAUAUAAAUGUCAUGGACCUGAUAAACAUACUGAAAUUUGUACUAAAGAAAUUAAAAGGUGUUCCAGUGAAACAACACCAAUAUUCGAAUGGACAUCUUGGUCGCAAUGGACUUCAUGCACAUCAUCGUGUAAUGGUGGUAAACAAUUUCGUAGACGUCUUUGUAAAGAUAAAAAUGGUUUAAGAACUGAUUAUGCAGAAAAAUUCACUUUGGAUGAAGUGAAAACAUUACUUAAAGAUCAGUCAGAGAAUACAAAUAAAUUAAUGUGCAUUGGUAGAGCUUUCGAAGACAGAAAAUGUAAUACUCAUCCAUGUUCAACGACGAAAAUUUUGUCUACUUGGAGUGAGUGGUACAUAACAGAUGAGAGUAAUGGGGAAGAAAACAUGCAAAGGAGAUAUCGUGUAGAAUGUUCGGCUAAAUUACCAGAAUCCGAUAGUUUUCAAGCUCAAAUCGAUACUCAGACUCGAAUCUGUAAGAUCGACAAAGAUAGUCAUGAAAUUAAUUGUGAAGAUCUUGAUAAAUCAUUUGAAAAUUUUGAAAAAUUCCUACCAGUUUUGUCAGAAAGUGUAAGCAAUGAUUGGUCAUCAUGGACUGAAUGCUCACAACCAUGUGGCGGUGGUAGCAGAUAUCGUAAAAGAAUUAAACCGUUUUUAUUGCGUAACACAAUGGAUAGACUUACUAAAAAUGAUUACGAGAUAGAACAUGAACUAUGUAACUUGCAAUCAUGCACAGGUUAUUGGAGUUGUUGGUCAGAAUGGAGUAAAUGUUCAAAAAAUGAACCUUGUGCUCGACCAAGAGGAGUACAACGUCGAUUUAGAACAUGCAUUAAUGAAUUUAAUUCGCCUGUCAGCGAAAUGACACAGAUACAUAAUACAAGCUUAUGUUAUGGUGGGUUUGAAAACAGUGUACAAACAGUUCCAUGUGAACUGGAAAUUAGUGAAACAAAUUGCUUACAACAACGGCUAAAUCAAGUUAGAUAUCGGAAGAGAUCAGUCGAAGUUGAACAACUUGACAUAGAAAAACCUUUGGAUUCGCUCGAAUGGGCUAUUUGGUCAGAAUGUGUAACUGUAGAGCAUGUGUCGUAUCCUGUACGGAUGAGGACAAGAAAAAGCUGUGAAAACUGUGAGUGGAUUCAGUUUGAACGCUGUGAUACUAAGAAGCUUGUUGCACCUCAAGAAGUAUUAGGAGAUAAAUAUCAGUCUUAUAAAAAAACAGUUUUAAAUGAAGAUUCAACUGAACAAUACGAUAUGUUACAUGCAAUAAUUGUUACACUAGUAGCAUUUACAACUGGUUUCGCUAUUGUUAUAAUUCCAUUCAUAACAUGUACAAUGAGAGAUCGUAAAAAUGCUCAAGGUAAACAUAAAUAUCAACAGUCUACAUCAUUAUCAACAUCUAUAUGGCGUAAAAUAACAAAUGAACGUUUAUCAAAUAAAACACAAUCAAAUUUAUUACCAUAUGAAUGGUUUUUAGAUAAUAACAUCAAUGAUAACCAAUUAACUUUUAAGAGUAACAGUGAUAGUAAAUUAGUAAAGAGAAUUCUUGACGACAAAAAUAAUGGGAGGAAAAAGAAAAAGUUGAACAUUUAUGAGAAGAAUGUUGACAGCUUAUCCAAUUCCUUAUUGUUAAUAAACUCUGACAAAAAAAAUAACAGAAAUCAGGGUUACAAUGAUCGAACUAAUCAAAUUCAGAAGAAAUAUCACUCAAAAGAUUCGCAUAAAGCAGCACAUAAUACUACAUCAUCAGUACAACGUCCAGAAGUGGCUGUGUACAAUCACGAUACAAGUAAAAGUAGAACAGUUGUUGAAUUGGAACUAUGUAAUGAUCAAAAUACAGCUCCAGAUUAUGAUGACGUCAGUAAUAAUAAUGAUGUAUUAUUACAAAAUGUACAAUCAACAGCAAACAAGAUUACAACGACGACAACAAUAAAACAAAGACAUAUAUCGGAUGUCCGAUAUGUAGACCCAAAAUCAGAAACUAGAUCAUCACAAGUAAAAAUUGUCAGUGUCUUGAUAUCGUCUUCAUCACCAUCAGAACAAAUAUGGUCAGACAUGUCAGUGAAUAAUCAAAUGAUUGAUAAUGUUACAAUUAAUGACACAUCGAAAAAUGGUAUUCCAGAAGAUACAAGUUUUAAUGAAGUAUACAUAACACCCACUGAGAAUUGUAGAUACGAUAAUGAGAUAAGCUUGAUGGAAAUAGAUGAGACAACACAUACUAAAAGUACCAUUCCAGACAAUUAG